CAAACGUGACACUGUCCUUUCAAAAUUACAAAACUUAGAACAGAUAAAGGAUCAAGCCUCGAGCAUAAUCCAGAACACUACUGAUAGUAAAACCUUGAGCUUAUCGACAUCUUUUAAACAAGCGUACAAUACCUUUAAAGAACUUCUUGAAAUACAAUUGAUAGAAUCAAAUAUGAGUGACUUCGAUAUUACAACCGCCGUCAAAGUAAUACCAACUUUCGAUGGUAAAUAUGAAGAUCUCCAUACGUUCACAAAAAUGCUAGAAUUUUUAAACGAGACAUUAAACGAACCAGGGAAAAAACAGUUAUUAGAUUUUGUCAUAAAUGUCAAGUUAACAGACACAGCUCGCUUAGCUGUAGGUACUAAUGUACCCACUAAUAUGGCAAGCUUUGUAAAAUUGUUAAAACAAAAAUUUGUAAGCUCGAACGCAAUCCAGAGCAUCCAAACAACACUGAAUUCAGUAUCCCAGAACAAAUCUUCACUGACUAAUUAUCGGGACAAAAUACUACACCUUACAAGUGAGUUGAGUCACCUACAAGUUGCCGAAUUGGGUGAAACGGUGACAGAGGCAGAAAAGAAUUUGAUUACAAAACUAAAUGGGCGACAAGCUCUUACAACUUUCCUUACCGGAUUAAACCCUGAGAUAAGAGAUACCGUUUUCUCUUCAAGACCGAAAGACAUGACUGAGGCCGCAAAUUACGCAUUAGAGUUAGAGAAACGAGAUUCAGGAAAUCGGGCUAGUGUUUUUCAAGUGAAUAGUUCAGGUAGAAAUUUUCAAAACAGAAAUACAAACCGCGGAAAUUUCUAUUCUUCAAAUAACUCAUUUAACAAUAGAAUAGACUAUCGACCCAAUAAUAGCUACAGAUCUAAUAACUAUAAUCAACAACCGUGGCGGAAUCGUGACCAAAGUUUCAGCGCUAGACAUAACAGCAAUACCCAAAGUAGACCCAGUAAUCGUGGUAGGAAUAGAGGUAAUUUCAACCAGAAUCGCAAUAACCCCAGAGAUAAUAGGAACAACUACAGAGUAAAUAUAAUUCAGAACCAGGGAAACGGGACACCCUCCGACGAGGAACAAGAUUAGAAAAUAAAGAUAGAAUCCUUACCGGAAACCAUGUAUACAACUUAUCGAACAAUAAUUCAAUUUCGAGUUAUAUAAAACUUUAUUGCAAGGAUUUGGGCCAAGAUUUAACUUUUCUAAUAGAUACAGGGGCAGAUAUUUCGCUAUGCAAAAAACUAACAAUUAGUUCAGACAGAAUAGAUGAUAAGGAAAAAUGCAAGUUAAAUGGCAUCACUAAAGAGUCAGUAGAAUCUUCGGGCACCACAGAACUUACUUUACGUAUAGGUGAAAAAUUUGAUAGAAAUAGAUUUCAUAUAGUAGGAGAUAACUUUCCAAUAAAAACAGAUGGAAUAAUAGGGCGAGAUAUUUUAGAGAAAUACAUAUGUCGAAAUGUGACGAGGUAACAAUUCCUAUGAACACCAAACCGUUAACAAGUUCUUACGUUAACAUAGCAGCUAGAGCUGAGGUAAUAAUACCAAUAGAUCUGGUAAGAGAAGAAGACAGUUUGAUUCUAAGUAAGGAAAUUCGGAGAGGCGUUUUUGUAGGCAACACCAUAAUUCCAGCCAAAGGUGUUUGUCAGGUAAAAAUACUAAAUACAAAUGAUAGACCGGUAAAACUCAAACAUUUCGAUGCUGAGAUAAAACCACUAAAGGACUAUCGAAUAUUAGAAGCAACA